AUGAACAGAUUGUACUGCGUUCCUCGCCUCUGCUCUAGAAUCAAAGAUGGCCCCAGCCAUCAGAUUACUGGAUUUCUUGGUCUUUGGGGUAAACGGGUGGAUGCAAUUGAUUUUUAUACAUCUGAGACUGAGAGGCUAUCAAAAGAAAUAUCCUUGGAGAGAGAUAAGAUUACAAGUAGCCCUAAAUCUAUCAUGCCAGCAGCUUUUGUUUCCUUCAGAACUCGAUGGGGUGCCGCUGUUUGUGCACAAACUCAACAAUCCAGAACAACUAUAUGGUUGACUGAGUGGGCUCCAGAACCCCGUGAUGUUUAUUGGGAUAACUUGGCUAUCCCCUAUGUUACAUUGACAAUUAGGAGGCUUGUAGCUGCUGUUGCUUUCUUCUUCCUCACCUUCUUUUUUAUGAUCCCCAUUGCAUUUGUACAGUCCCUUGCAAACAUUGAGGGUAUUGAGAAAGCAGCCCCCUUCCUAAAGCCCAUUAUUGAAGUGAAAUUCAUAAAAUCAUUUAUCCAAGGUUUACUGCCUGGAAUUGCUUUGAAGAUUUUUCUUAUAUUCCUUCCCUCUAUAUUGAUGGUAAUGUCCAAAUUUGAAGGUUUCAGUAGUGUAUCAGCUCUAGAGAGGAGAUCGGCUACUAGAUAUUAUAUUUUCCAAUUUGUCAAUGUAUUUCUUGGGAGCAUAAUCACUGGAACUGCAUUUCAACAACUAGAUGAAUUCAUUCACCAAUCUGCCAAUGAGAUCCCGAAGACAAUUGGUGUUUCAAUUCCAAUGAAGGCAACCUUCUUUAUCACUUAUAUAAUGGUUGAUGGGUGGGCCGGAAUUGCUGGUGAGAUUCUAAGGUUGAAACCCUUGAUUAUAUAUCACCUGAAAAAUUUCUUCUUGGUGAAGACUGAAAAGGAUAGGGAAGAGGCCAUGGAUCCCGGAACCCUUGGGUUCAACACCGGUGAACCUCAAAUACAACUAUAUUUCUUACUUGGCCUUGUUUAUGCUGUGGUGUCACCAAUCCUACUUCCGUUCAUAAUAGUAUUCUUUGCCCUGGCAUAUGUUGUUUAUCGUCAUCAGAUUAUAAACGUCUAUAAUCAAGAGUAUGAAAGUGCUGCGGCAUUCUGGCCUGAUGUCCACGGGCGCAUCAUAACAGCACUACUUGUCUCACAACUGCUGCUGAUGGGAUUGUUAAGCACAAAAGAAGCUGCUCAGUCAACUCCACUGCUCAUCACACUCCCAGUGUUGACCAUAUGGUUCCAUAGAUUCUGCAAAGGCCGUUACGAACCUGCUUUCAUCAGACAUCCCUUGCAGGAAGCAAUGAUGAAAGAUACAUUAGAACGCACAAGAGAGCCGAGUCUGAACAUGAAGGGCUUCCUUCAAAAUGCGUACAUCCACCCAGUUUUCAGGGGUGAAGAUGACAGCGAGAAUGAUGCGCCUGCCCAGGAAUUUGAGAAGGAGCCCGCAGUUGUCCUAACAAAACGCAGUUCUCGAAGGAAUACACCAAUGCCCAGCAAAUAUAGUGGUUCUUUUUCAUCAGCAUCCAUACCCGAGGACGAUACUCAGAAGAUGAUCCCUUAAGAGUGUGUUGCAACUCUUUGUUUAGUUAGCUGUACAUUUUUUUCGAUGAAAAAGAAAGAAUUCUUCGGAGGUUGUAAAGGAAUUGUGGAGAGAGUUGUUCGGAUCUUCAUUGUGUAAAGAAACAAUCGAGAAAGAAAAGAAAAGGCCUUUCGGUUUUA